AACAUCCGGAAGUGAGACCGGCGUAAUGUACACUACAGCAGUUUAAGAGAACGGUUGCCGCUCUGUAUCUCUCACACACGAGCUUUUAGUGGUUAGUUACAAAUCUGGCCACCAGUUAAACUUGUUUCACCCGCCACCAUGUCCGUUUUGUGUUAUAAUAAGGGAUGUGGACAGCGAUUUGAUCCGGAAAAUAACCCAGACGAUGGCUGCACCUAUCAUCCAGGAGUCCCAGUAUUCCACGAUGCAUUGAAGGGAUGGUCCUGCUGCAAGAGAAGAACCACUGACUUCUCAGACUUCCUCGGCAUUGUUGGUUGUACAAAAGGUCCCCACAACAAGGAGAAGCCCCCUGAGCCGGUGAAACCACAUGUGUCCUCAUCAGGAGAAAAGAAAGACGCAGAUGACCAAAAACCAAAGUUUAAUGAGUACAUCAUCUCCGCACCAAAGCCUCAGGAGGCGAUACGCAGACCCAGUGCUGAUGAGCCGAUAGUGAGAUUGCAGCAGAAAGUCUCUGCUUCUCUGAAGCAGGCUCUGGAGAAAAUGAAUCUGUCUGAAAAUGAGGUAGAGAAGAAAGAGGAAGAUAGUGACGAGAUCAAGAUUGGAACAUCCUGUAAAAAUGGAGGAUGUACCAAAAGUUUUGAUGGACCUGCAAGCGAUUCGGAUGUGUGCUCAUAUCACUCUGGAUUUCCUAUCUUCCAUGAAGGGAUGAAAUACUGGAGCUGCUGUAAGAGGAAAACCUCAGACUUUAACACCUUCCUCUCUCAAGAGGGCUGCACCAAGGGAACACAUCUGUGGAGGAAAAAAGAUGCGGGUAAGAAAGUGGUUCCUUGUCGGUUUGACUGGCACCAGACCGGGGCGCAGGUCAUCAUCUCUAUCUAUGCCAAGAACGCCAUCCCAGAGCUAAGCUACGUGGAUGCAAACAGCACCAUGCUCAACAUCCAUGUUAUAUUUGAGGGGGAGAAGGAAUUUGAUCAGAAAAUCAGCUUGUGGGGAGUGAUAGAUGUGAGUAAAAGUACAGUGACCAUGAUGGCCGCCAAGAUCGAGAUAGCCAUGAAGAAAUCCGAGCCCAUGUCAUGGGCUCGUCUGGACCUUCCUCCCCCCAUCACCCCGCCCAAGGAGAGCGAGAAGAAAAAAGAGGGAACCGAUAGUGAGGAGGAAGAUGAAUGAUGAGGAAUUAAAAUAUAAACAUAGUGUUUAUUUUUAGCUGAAUCCAAGGCCUCACAGUUCAUUCCUUACCUCUUUAAACAGUCGCCUCUUUUGCUGUCAUGGAACUUUGGCCUCUACUCUUCAACAUUGCGGUGUUUCCCUUUUCAUUCGUAGUUGUCAGCGUUCUUGAUUUUGGCUGUUUUUCUCGGGUUUACGUCCUUUUUAUUGGUCAUAAUAUAGGUUGGAAUGCUAAAGAAUCUUCAAGUAUUUUUUACACACAGUUUUUCACUCAAGAACUGAAUGAUAAUGGUGGGAAAACUGACUUUUAGUAAACUUUCAAUCACAUCAGAUGAUGACACUUGAACUGCACUGAAAUCCCCUGGGAAAUAACACCACACAAUAAGAUAGGAGUCAGGUGUGACCAUGCUUAAUCUCACCCAUAAAGCCUUUCAUGUGGACCACUCACAUCAAGUCACCGUAAUGGACCACAGUUGUGAACAUCUUCUAAUUCAACACUGUUUGGUAAGAGUCAUUCAAUCCUUUGGUUUCAUAAAUCGUAUAAAUGACUGCAUUGUUUUGUCCACCACUAUCACAUCAGAGUAAAUGCUAUCUUCGCAGAUAUAUUCCUCUGUCUGUGUGAUAAUGAAGCUGCUCUAUGUAGUUUGAGUAGGAAAGUUGGAUCUCUAAAAUGUCCACACUUGUAUAAUAUGGAGUUUAUUCUGAAUAAACUGUGUUAGAAGAAAUGCAAUCAUUCUUUGGGACUCUUAAACUUAGAAAUGAAAUGUUGUGCUCCGACUAUCCCACCUUUUGCACAGUUAAAAUUGUAGAUUUGCUCCAAAUUUGUUUUUUUUUCAUGAUUAUACCUGAUGUAUAUUUUGUACACGUUUUGCUUCCAAAUGAUCAAUGCUGUAUUUAUCUCCUCAUUUCUUGUCAAAACAAAUAGCGCAGUUUUAAGAAUUAGAAUGUACUGUAAUAUCUGAGAAUGCCAUCUGAAUACCAAGUAUUUCGAGCAAAGUACUGUAUUAUAAAAAUUAUAUGCUUGACAGCAUGUCUCAAGGCUUAGAAUGUAUGAAUUAAAUUUGACUGAAUGAAACCAUGACAUAAGGGUAAAAUUAUUAGGGAACCAAUUUAUCUUACCAAAAAUAAACAUUUGUGUUGAACUUAAAAA